GUCAAAUCCCUCAGCACACAGACACACGCUCACUCUCCCUAAAGGAGGGAGCGAGGCAGAGACACAGAGAGGGGAUUGAGAGGAGCAGGAGAGGAGGCUAUCUCUGGGCUGCUCUCCACUGCAACGUCUGGCUUUCACUAAAAGGUCUAUGACCGUGUUUUUCCUGCGCUUGUUUGCCUAAUUUAUUCCUGCCGGGGCCAGCAGAAAGAAAGGGAGGAAAAGAAGAAGAAGGAGAAAAAAAAGGACGGGCAGAAUAGUAAAGAGUGCAACAGUACACCCUGACUCGCUGACUGGGAAUGCAGAGAGGUUCUGGCCUCUGGUUGUUACUGCUGGAUGGACAAGCACUGACAAAACAAGAGACAACACUUUGUGGAGCUUUGAGAGAGGAGGAGAUUUCUCAACUCUGCUUUUUUGUUUUGGCUCUUUUUUUUCUCCGUGACAUUUGAGCCUCUGACACUACAGACUCUGAAGAGCUGGAAGAGCCACAAGACAACAUUUCACAGGAGAGGACAUCUUAUUUGCCUAACUUUGUUGCUGCAGAGAUUAUUCCAUUAGUAAAAGGAGUGUAUUGUCUUAACACUUCUUAUUUCACUGGAUCUUUCUGGCUAUUUAUCGGGCACAGGGGUGAUCCUGAGCCAAAAGCUGAAGUAGCCCUGUGGUCAUCUCCUCUCUGAAUGCCAAAGAAAUAAAACCAAAAUUCUCCAUGAGUCUUUUUUUCUUUUGGGACAUAUGACUGAGCAUUUCCAGAGCAAAAAUAUUAUCUCAAUUCUCCUCUUCAUCACAGUCACCUCUGCUUCUAUAACAGCCUCGACAAGUCAAGAGUGAGUCUGGACUAGAACUGCCUCAGAUCAGCAGAUAACACCUCUGCACGGCAGGAACUGGUUGGACUCGUUUAGAAGUUGGAGGAGAGGGCAGGGCAGUUUAACCCUGCCUGAAGGAGAGCUGUGUUUUAUUUUCCUCCCACUUGCUUGUCCUUUUGGGAGAAAGUCAAGCGCUGAGAGAGGGGCAGAGCUUUUUUUUCAUUUGGAGAGCGACUGUUUUGUUCCUUGUCACUAUGCUUGAGGAUAGGUGAGUUUCUUUUUAACGUCUGCCAGUUGGGGGGGGAGACGGAACGAGAAAGUGGGAGGGAGGGAGGGAGAAAGAAAGAAAGAGGGAGUCAAAGUGUAAUUUAUUGUUUCCAGUGAAAAGAGCAAGGCUGCACCCUUUUCUCCUGCUUGAACUCUGAACCAUGCAAUGUGUGUCUGAAGUUUUCUCAGAGCUCGGGAGCCAUUGAUCGGAGGUCAGGGCAAAGAACACGAGGGUGAAAGACAAGAACAGUAAGAGCAGAGGGAUUAAGGAAGGGCGAGAGAGAAAACAGCACUGGGAGGGACCUUCAGGUCAUUACAACCAGACGGCAAAGGGGAGAAAGGUCAACACGAGAGAGUUCGGGACAGCUUUUUGUCCCAAUUCUUGAUCUUCUUGGACAAAAACUGCCUUUUAAACAAACCUGGAGCCACUGUUUUCUUGUCUGAAAACACUUUUUAGACUUUGAGGGGAAGUUGAAAGCUGGGGGACAGGGCGGGUCUGUGUAUGAUCCACUCACGGGGCUGUGUGUCUCAGAGAAUAUGGCCAUGGUGAGCGGGGGAUGGGGCAACCCCAACGGGGACACUAAUGGACUGGGGGAGAAGGCUUACCUGAGGAGGGAGGAAGAGGACGGCUCACCUCAUGCUGGGAGCAGCGAUGUGGACGUCGGGGACGAGGACAAAGCCUGCGUGGUGGACUGUGUGGUGUGCGGGGACAAGUCCAGCGGGAAGCACUACGGCGUGUUCACCUGCGAGGGCUGCAAGAGCUUCUUUAAGAGGAGCAUCAGGCGAAACCUGAACUACUCUUGCAGAUCAAAUCGAGAAUGCCAAAUCGACCAGCAUCACCGCAACCAGUGCCAGUACUGUCGUCUGAAGAAAUGUUUCCGUGUAGGAAUGCGCAAAGAAGUCCAGAGGGGCCGAAUCCCUCCAUCUCACUCAGGUAUCAGCCCCAACUCCCUGGCAGGUGGGGUUGGAGGUGCAGGGCCAGGUCACAUUGGGGCGGACUACUUCAACGGGCAGCCAGUGUCGGAGCUCAUCUCCCAGCUCCUCCGGGCUGAGCCAUACCCCAGCAGCCGCUACGGGACCCCUUACAGUCAGGCACAGAUGCAGGCAUCUGCGAGCGGAGCCCCCGUCAUGGGCAUCGACAGCAUCUGUGAGCUGGCCGCCCGACUCCUCUUCAGCACCAUCGAGUGGGCAAGAAACAUCCCGUACUUCCCAGAGCUGCCAGUCUCAGAGCAGGUAGCGCUGCUGAGGCUGAGCUGGAGCGAGCUCUUCAUCCUGAACGCAGCUCAGUCCGCUCUGCCUCUACACAUGGCUCCUCUGCUGGCAGCUGCCGGGUUCCACUCAUCUCCCAUGUCUGCCGAGCGCGUGGUGUCCUUCAUGGACCAGGUCAGGGUUUUCCAGGACCAGGUGGACAAGCUGAACAGGCUGCAGGUGGACACAGCCGAGUACAGCUGCCUCAAAGCCAUUGCACUCUUUUCACCAGAUGCAUGUGGUCUGACAGACCCAGCCCACGUGGAGUCCCUGCAGGAGAAGGCCCAGGUGGCCCUAACGGAGUACGAGAGGUUGCAGUACCCCAACCAGCCCCAGCGCUUCGGCCGCUUACUGCUGCGCCUCCCAGCUCUGCGCGCCGUGCCAGCCAACCUCAUCUCCCAGCUCUUCUUCAUGCGGCUGGUGGGCAAGACACCCAUCGAGACGUUGAUCCGAGACAUGCAGCUGUCAGGGAGCUCCAUCAGUUGGCCCUACGUACCAGGACAGUGAAACCCGUUGACUCCAGAGUGAGACAGACUGAGAUCAGACUGGGAGGAAUCAGAGCUCACAAAGAUUACAUACAAAGUACAAACUGAAUGUUUUCAACACAAACCGGGAUCCAUGAUUGUUUAAGGUUCUUGUUUGUGAAUGUAGAGGUCAGCUUUUUCCCACAUUAGCUCUGUAAAGUUUGGUGGGUGUCACACCAAAGCUGCUUUCAGGGAAACAAAAUGUGUAAUUGUCUUUAUAUGUGUGUGUGUGUGUGUGUGUGUGUGUGUGUUUGCAGCACUUGUCAGUUUGGCUCUGACCUUCGUCUGAUCUCUCUCCGUCUCACUCUGGACAAAAACACAGGGCUCUAAUUAAAAUGCAGACUCUAACAUGAGGCCAUGUGCCUGUACUACCUCCUCCCAUAUCACCCCUAAUGUGACUCAGUUUGAACCCAGGCUGUGUGUGUGUGUGUGUGUGUGUUCUCCCUCUGCUUUGUUUUUGAAAAUAAAGCCAUAGCAGUGCCAUCUUUACAGGCAGAGCUUUAUAUCUGGGACAUGUCGUGCAGAUCAGUCGUGUCAAGUUUGUUAUGUGGGCUGAAAUAUCAGACUUUGUUACCAAAUGUAUUUGUGAAGACUGCAGUGUGUCACCUUGUACAGCAUGAAAAUGAAAAAGAGGCAUGGGCAUUGUAUAUUGUACUAUAUGAAGCACUACAAGACAUAUUUUGUGUGUUAUGUACUUAAAGGAAUAGUUAAACAUUUUGGGUAAUUCGCUUAUUUGCUUUCUCGCAGAGUUAGAUGAAAAGAUUGAUCGCACUUAUAUGUCUGUACAGUGAAUAUGAAGCUACAGCUAGUAGCUGGUUAGCUUAGCUUAGCAUAAAAACUGGAAACAGGGGAAACAAGUAGCCUGGCUGUGGCUGAAAAGAAUAAAAUCAGCCUGCCAGCACACCUAAACUCAUUAACAUAUGUUGCCACCUCCGUUUAAUCUGUACAAAAACUUUACUGCAAAAACCUGUUUUCUGGGGUACGUGCUAGACUACUUUCUGGAGUCUCCACUGGUUGCAAAAGUCAGCCGAAUAUCCCACUAAAAAAACAGCAAUUUGACUUUUUUUACACGUAAUUUUCAACAAAUUAAUACAACUUUUUAAUUAGUGAGUUUUAAAAGUGCUAGUAGGCAGAUUUUGUAACCUUUGGACAGAGACAAGUUAGCCGUUUCCCCAAUUUCCAGUCUUUAUGCUAAGCUAAGCUAACCAGCUGUUGGGUCCAGCUCCAUUUUUACUGUACAAUAGGUAAAAAAGUGAAUAACCAAAUUCCAUAAAAUGUUGAGCUGCUCCUUUAAUAUAUAGUAUAUUACACAGUCAUGUUCUUGCAGUAGUAAUCGACAGGAAGUGGAGGUGAACGUACUGAAACACACCCUGGCUCCUCAGACAGUCACAUCCCUGUCAGACAUUGUUACCUCAUGUUUUAUACAUCAAAGACAAAGAUUGUAUAUCCAUGCGCUAAAGAUAAAUAUAAAGGGAUCAAAGUAUCUUUAUCACAAAAACCAUAAACACUAAUGUUCCCCUAUAGACGUGUCUGUCCAUCGGACUUUGGCCAAAAUAUAUUUGAAAAUGUUUUGAAAUGUGAUGUUUAAUGUAAGUUUGAUAUCUAAUUUACAGAAACACUGAGUUAAGUGACCCUUCUGACUUAUCUCUGCAAACAGGAGACUCUUUCCUUUGCUUUUAUAAAGGUAGAGGUAGUUCAUUUAAUUUCUUUUUCACAUUUGUCUCCUUUAAAAAAAAAAAAGAUAUCUGUGUGAAAGCACAGCCUGAAGUGGGCAGAGGUCACUCUCAGAUAAUUAUUAUGCUUAUGCAAGGUACUCCACGUGUUGUAAGUAUUGUAAAGGUUAUGGUGUUUGUUGGUACUGAGAUAAAGGGUACGAAGUAGUCACAUUCGUGAGUGUUAUUGCCAUGAAAUUCAGCUCAAUGUGACAAAUGUUUUUCUUGCCAAAUUACCUGACUGAAAGAAAAGACCAUGUGGGGGACAAACGUGUUUUUCGGUAUGACUUUUUUUUUGUAUUAUUCAUAAAGAAAAGGCAACAGUCAUCUCUGAUGCUGUCAGACAACUUCAUCUACAGCUCUUCGUGCUGUCCUUGAAUCACUUUGUGUCAUUUGUUGGAAUAUAGUGAUUUGACUGUUUAGCUUUACUCUGAAAAGACGCAUGUUUCGAUGACCAUGCCAAAACUUAAAAAUGCAAAAGACGUUCAAAUGGCUGACUGGUUAUUUUUUUGCAUUACUAGAAAUAAAAGUAUGCACAUUC